AUGGCGAUCACGGGGGGGGCACUCCAGCGCGGCCGGACCGAGGCGGCUUUGGCGGCCGCAGCCCCGGCCGCGGCUGCCGCGGCGGCUCAAGCGGCGGCUCCUGCUACAGCAGCCACGACGGCUCCUGCGCCAGCGGUCGCCACCGCGGGCGUCGGCGACGGGGUCAAGAAGCGUUCGCAUGCGGAGUUGGACAUGGUGGACAGCUUGCUGGAGGAGGCGAGCAAGAAACCGGCGGCGAGCGACCAUGCAGGGGACACCGCCAAGCCUCUCUACGAGGUCACGGCACAGCGACAGGAUGUGGUUUUUGUUUGUACAUACGGGGGAAACGAGAAUGCGGCUCGGGCGGCGCUAGUCCCUUGGUUCGGAGGCGAGCGCCCGUAA